AUGGCUCCCGAAGUCGGCAAUGGAGACAUCGUCACCCCUGCAGACAAAGAGCAACUCUAUUUUACAAUGACGGACGCUCGACGAUUCAAUUCUUCCGGUAGGAUCAAUAUCGAAAGGUCAACCUCGAGUAGAGGGAUGCAGCGGAAAGGCUUUGAUCAGUUCGAAAACUUUUCUCCAACUCAGACCACAAGACCACCUCACCUUCGACGUCGGAUAACGAUUGGUGGUUCUGGUCCCCAUGUGGAGGGAAUUGAGCACAAUUCUUGGUCGUCGGAUACAAGGACUCCUUCGGCAACUCGUCAGGGCGGACAUUCUCAAUUUCAGCCUGCGAAAAGCCAUUACCCUCCCACCAGCUGGAGGCCCAGUCCACCUGCCCAACCCACCAUCUCAGAUUUUAAGGAGACCGGGCUCUCAGAAAGCAGUUCAAGUGGUGGUGUGGAUGGCGAGGACACGAAGGCGAAAGCCACUGUCUGUCUGGAAGGGACGUACCUCAACCCACCUUUUCCAACCAGCACAAGGGCUUCCAAUCCGCCGGCAAACGCGAAAAAUCCUCAAGCCUCAUUCAAUACCACACCUCAGCUUUCACCAGCUCGAUCAAACUCUCAUCGUCGCUACAUCAUAGGCUUUUCCGGCUCCACGGUCUCAGCAAAUGCGGGAGGCACGCAAAAUGGGCGUCCGGGCGCACCGGCGGCAAGUCGACGAGCUUCAUCCGGACCAGCUACUCUGCCAGAUCCGCACACUGCCUACUCUCAGACUUACUACUACACUGUUUGUGCUCACGCAUCGCCUCCGAAGUCUCGUCCCCUAAAUGUGCAGCCUACACUUGUGCAGUACCGCAAGGGCCUUCUGGCAUACCCACCGUUCCAUCUGCGUGCGUACAAUGCUGAUCAAGCAAGUGACCCUCCGACGAUUUGCGUCCUCGAGGGAUCGUGUUCCGACUGUGAUAUUACAACGCGACGCCAGGCCGAGUCAAAGGUAUUGGAUACAUAUACUCAUCAGCUGGAAAAUCUUUAUAUUCAGUUGAAUCUGCUGCAGAAGGAUAUCGCCAUUGAGAACUCCAAUAUGUCAUUUCCGGAGAAAAGCCAAGAUGAAAUAACUGCGUUUUCGUUCCCAUCAACUCUAGAACUUGGACUUGAGGAGACUCAAGCAAUCCUUGAGAUUGAAGAUCAGCUCGACCAAUUGGUGAGAAAGCGUGAUCGUGAAGUUAAACAGAUUUGGAAAGGAUACACUGAGAGAUGGGGUCCAGGGACGGUUGGCAUUCACCGCGAAAACGAGGUUCGCGUACGAAGUCGACCAAGAACUGCUGAUACACGAGACACUGUGUCCCGGGAUACAGUGGGCUCAACAACCACCUUUGGCGUCCCUUCUGAUGAUCGCAGUUCUGGACGAACUCGCACAAUGACCACACUGAGCACACAGGCAACGAUAUCACCCUCUCGUCUGAGUCAAAAUAGCAGCCACAGAACUCGACCACGUGCCAGUUCUGUCGGCGGUUCACAGGAACGAUACUCCGAUGGAACAUACGAGGUUAGUGUCGAGUCAUCGGUGGAUGGCAUCAGAGGACGGGGUCGGAUGGUGGUUGAUUGGAUCCGGCCGAGUCGACGGGAAAGCAGGAGCAGGAGCACAGUUCAGGCGACGAGUCGGACGAGCAGUCGGAACGUGCCAAAUCCAUCAAGAUGA